UGACAUUGCUCAUCCCCAACGCCAUGUUCAAGUUCUCCUUCGACGUCGACGAGUCAGACGGGGCGAUCGAGGUCGCACCCCGCGCGGCGCCGAGCACGUCGCGCGCGCCCGGCCCCUCGACGGACCACACCCUCGCGGACCUGAUCAAGACGCUGCCGGAGGUCAUCUCGUACUCGCCGCUCCCGCACCCUGCGGGCGGUGCCCCGCUCCUCCGGCGCGACUUGUACGACGCGCGCUUCCAGCUCGCUCUCAACCCUGAGGAGGGUGAGGAGGCGGGCUACGUCGACGCCGACACAGACCUCAUACCGGGCACGUACGAGGGCGGCCUCAAGUCGUGGGAGGGCGGCGUGGACCUGGUCGAGGUGAUUGCGCGGGCUACGCGCGGCGGCGAGGCCGAGUGGGUGCGUGGAAGCAGCGUGCUCGAGCUCGGGUGCGGCACCGGCCUACCGAGCGCAUACCUCCUGCGCUGUUUGCUCGCGUCCCCCGCGCCCGCGCAGAAGACUGUGAUCCACGUACAGGACUACAAUCUGCCUGUGUUGUCGCUCGUCACGCUGCCUAACCUCGUGCUCGCCGCCCUCCCCUCGCUCCCCCUAUCGGCGCGCGGCGCCGCUGAGGCUGCUGCGCCGCCUCGCCCUGCCCAGACGCAUCCGGAAGGGACGAUUAUGGAAGAGGAGGAGGAGGAUGACUGGGAAGACGAAGACGACGUCAAGCGUCCGUUCGAUCCCAAUACCGCCGGGACGCUUGAGCUCACCCCCGCCCUCCUCGACGCCUUCACUUCGCUGCUGGAGGAGCGCGGCGUCGAGCUCCGCUUCACUAGCGGCGACUGGGGCGGCAUGGCCCUCUCCAUCGGCGCGUACCAGCUCGUGCUGAGUGCCGAGACGAUCUACGCCGAGGACAGCGUGGGGCCACUCCUGGACGUGCUCCGCGCCUCCACUGAUGCAGGCACGAAGGAGAACGGCAAGGGCAAGGAGGAGGAGGAGGAGCUCUCUGACUCGCUCGGCGCGCUCCAGAUCGACGACUUUGCGCGCGCCCCGUUGCGCGAGAGCGAGCCCGUCAUCCUCAUCGCGGCUAAGGUGUUGUACUUCGGCGUCGGGGGUGGUUUGGACGCAUUUUUGACACAGGUCGAGGCUUUGGGCGGGUGGCACACGCGUGUGCGCGACUGGGUGCGUGGUGUGGGGAGGGCAGUUGUGCGGAUCGGAUGGUAGAUGUAAUGCCAAGUAAUGGACGCUGG